AUGGAUCGUGAAUCGGAGGGCCAAGAGGCCACUAACUCAGCCGAUAUUCGCACCUUGAGUAGGUCGAAUACAUCGCAAAGCAUAACUGUCCCUGAGACUGCUUAUCUUCAAGCCAUCGGCCACGGAGAGGGGGUCCCUGACGAAGAUUCCGUGGACGUUGAACCCCUGAAUUUCCGGCUGGAUCUCAAAACAGCCGAUUUUUUGAUCCUGAAAGUGUUUGGAGAACGAGGACAAAUGCGAGUCGUGCGGCAUCGUGUCACAGGAAGCAUGAUGAUACAGCGGAUCUACGACAUGGUUGAUCGGAAACAGCUCAUCCGGGAUUUCCGAGUGAUGUCUCAAUGUGUAUCAAAUCGUCUGGUAACAUUUUUAGGUGCAACUCAGGGACUGACUGAUAGCCUCGGGGUAUAUAUGGAGUAUAUGGAACUGGGGUCAUUUCAAAGAAUAGUCCAUCUCACCGGACCCAUCCCCGUAGAUAUUUUGGGGCAAGUUGCACUGGCCGUCAUGGAAGCUUUACUCUACUUACACGAGAAGGGUUUCAUUCACCGGGAUGUACGGACAUCCCGGAUCCUAGCUAAUCUCAAUGGUGAGAUAAAGCUCGGUGGGUUCGGACUGUCCAUAUUACUUGAGGACGAAACUGGCUCGACCUUCUUGCCCUCAUACAAGGAAAAGUGCCUAUACGCAAGCCCAGAAAGGAUUCUUAACAAGUCUCACGGGCCUUCAAAUGAUGUUUGGGGCUUCGGGAUGUGCUUACUCGAGCUUCUUCAGGGCUUUAACCCCUUUCAAAAGCUUAAUCUUCACCAGUUGGUAGUACGGAUUGCUCAUGGGCUAGCCCCGGAGAUAUCUGAAGAUCAUGAUUGCCCGGAGUCACUUCGCAAUUUGAUCAGAAAGUGUCUUGUUUCUGAUUAUUCUCAACGAUCAACCUUGGAUGAACUUUACAAUGAUGACGCCUUUAUUACUUCAGCUAAAACUACAGACGUGAAUCGUGGCGAGUGGACUGCCAAGAUAUUUCACAAGAUGGAAUCUGGACAAACUGAUAGUAUCAGCAACGUCUUUGAGUCUAGCGAGACAACUUCAAGCUUUGGAUACCGAGAAGAUCCGGGUUUCCCAACAAUGAGCUUCGAAGUCACCUCAUUACUCAAUCAUUUGUCCGCUCUAGCUACCCCCGCAAGAAGUUCCUCCACUGAAAAUGCCCUUUACCCUCUCUGUGCCGCGUGUGACGCGGUUGUGUCGAAUGCCGUCAGCAAGCUCGGAGGCAGUGGCCAGUAUAUGCAAGAGGUAAAUGGUUCGAAGUUGCAGCCCGGGUGCCCUCUUUGCCGACUCAAACGUGAUUGCUGUCCCGGAGAGGACGAGACUCGAUUGAUAAAUACGAAGACGUCUUUCAAAGGCAUGCAGACAGCCAAGAAUUCUGCCUCCCUUGGCAGCGCAACACUUAUUAUGGACCAAUUGAGUGGAUCCAUGCAUAAAACUAUGAAGAAAAUAGUUGAUUCAGAUAAUGACAAGACAACUGGUUCAGACUGUGCCUUUCAAAUGGCAGCCGCUUGGUUGAAGACUUGUCUGAUUGAGCAUACAGAAUGCAGGCUGGGCCAACUGAUUGAGUUAAGUCGCUUGCCGAAGCGCAUCAUAGAUGUCGGACCAGAAGACGGUUCGGAGGCGCCUAAAUUAUGUCCUGGAAAAGGUCGACGCGGCCUUUACCUGACACUGAGCUACAGAUGGUCUGAGCAUACCAGCAAUUUCAUGACGACAAGGCGUAACCUCAAGCAGCACUACUUUGAGAUCCCAGCCCAGAAACUUUCGCAGACAAUAAGGGACGCGAUCACCAUUACUAGGAGGUGCGGACUGAGGUACUUGUGGGUAGAUGCUUUGUGUAUCGUGCAAGAUGAUAGGAGUGAUUGGCAGGUUCAAGCCGAGUCAAUGGCCUCCAUUUAUCAGAAUUCUUUGUUUACGAUAUCCGCAGCUGGAGGAGGAGCCGUGAGAUCCCGGGACGGUUGUUUCAGUCAAAGAAAGAGAGGUAGAGUUAGGCCCGUUGACUGCCAACGGGUCUGGCCAGAUGGCUCGGCGGUGUAUGUAUUCGCUGAUAGGCUUGCUACUGGAGAUGGAAUCCGACCAAAAAGCGUGCUGGACACGAGAGGCUGGAUCCUACAGGAACAAAUCCUCUCUCCUAGGAUACUGACCUACUCAGAGAAUGAGCUGUUUUGGGACUGCGCAUCACUGAAUGCUUCAGAAUCGUUCCCUUCUGGAAUUCCGACAUUCUAUGACUCAGACCUUAGCCAACGGAACCUGCGGCUCUUCAAGACCGCCCUUAGCAAGGGUAAAUCAUGGCAGUCACUAAACACAAAGAAGGAGUUGGUCCGCGUUUACUGGAGAAAAGUUAUUGAGAACUACUCUGCCCGACAACUGUCUGAGGAGGGAGACAAGCUACUUGCUUUGUCUGGUAUUGCAAACAAGACGGUCAGUAUCACCGGAGAUGAGUUAGUCUUUGGCAUGUGGAAGUCUUUCCUAUGGCGAGAGCUUCUUUGGUGGGUGAAGGAUCCGAACAAUACAAUACCUGGAGAAGUCUACGGUUCGGUCAGCUGGUCUUGGAUAUCUCUUCAUGGUGCUAUAUCGUUUGAACUCGCGCAUGAUUCAGAAGACUAUAUUGUGGAUCCAUGCAUUGAGGUUCUAGACGUCAAUAUCUGGUCAAUUGAUUCAGAUGACUCGUCUGACUCAGAUUCGCCAUCCCACGAUGAGGCAACAAGAAAUGCCGAGCCUCUCAUUGGAGAGUUGACGCUCAGGGGUAGACUGAUACCGCUGCUGCCUUACUUAUCGGGGCUAGACGAUAGUGGUAACCAAACCUCAUCUCCCAUCGUGCUCUCAAAGUGGCGAGAGGAUAUUGAGGGUAUUGACGCUGGCGAAGCGAAGUGUCUCAUCGUCGCGGUAUCAGCUUUUUACGUUUAUGGGUUAGCACUCUAUCCCUAUCCCGAACAAGAACAGGAACAAGGUGAAGUUGGCGAAGCAUUGCGUAUCACCUAUGGGCGGGUUGGGUUUGUACAAUGGAUUUUGUCUGAUAUCAAGAACUCAGACAACCUAUGGCGGGAAUUUGGCUGGGAUCGUUCUGCGCGUCGGUGGGCCAAUGAGUUGGACCAGCAAUGUAUCAUAAUUCGAUAA